UUUUUAUAUCAUAAUCAUAUUAUAUUCAUAUUAUUUUCAUUCAAAUUUCGAUGUUGAAUCUUGAAUUACAUCGUUAUGGUUCUUUUGCAUUUUUAUAUUAAUAAUUUUCAGUUCUCAUAAAAUGUUUGUGUUUUAUAGUGUAGUUCAUUGAAAUACAAUAAAACAUAGGUACUUAGUUUAAACAUUGAAGAACUCUGAGUUGUUCAAUUGUUAACAUCUAAUUUGCUACUUCUAUUCAAUGGCUAAGUAUUUCAGUACCAUUUUUCUUUCAAUUGGCUUAAAACCAAUUGCAGUACCGAACCGUGUUUAUACAUUAUUGAAAUGUAAGUAUAGUUCAAACCCAGAACAAUGUCUGAGCAACAGUGACAACCAAAACGAGAAUGAUUUAAUAGAAAUUAAGCGUCAGCGUCUGUUAAAAAUAGCCAUCAUAGGUGUACCAAAUGCCGGAAAGAGUUCUAUAAUCAAUUCUAUUGUCCAGAGAAAUAUAUGUCCUUAUUCUUGUAAAGUUCAUACUACAAGAUCUAGUGUCCGCGCAGUACGAAGUGUGGACGAUACGCAAUUAGUUUUUUUAGACACUCCUGGUCUUGUAGACUCUACAGAAAUUGCAAAGUAUAAUUUAGAAAGGACAUUUGCUAAUGAUUCAGUAAACUCAAUCGAAGAAGCAGAUAUAAUUGGUGUUAUUCAUGAUGUGUCUAAUCGAUACACAAGGAACCAUUUAGAUCCCAAAGUGUUGAGGCUUUUACAUCUUUAUCCUAACAAAGAUUCAUUUCUAGUACUAAAUAAAAUAGAUCUUUUAAAAUCUAAAAGCUAUCUCUUAGAUUUGGCACGGUCUUUAACAUGCUUUAAACAUAACAACAUUCAUAUUCCUGAACCAUACACUAUGACACCUGAAAAAAGAAGAACCCAUGAAAGCUUAAAAAUUCAAGAGAGGAUGUUAGGGAGAAAAAUUACGCAGUCUAUUGGUUGGGAAAACUUUAAAGAUGUAUUUAUGGUAUCUGCAAUCCAUAGUCUUGGUUCAUCAGAUAUUGAGGAUUACCUGUUACAAAAAAGCAAACCAUCUCCUUGGAUAUUUCCCAAAGAUGUAUUGACUGAUAAAGAAGACCACAAAUUAGUACUACACAUGAUAGAGUCAACAUUGUAUGAUUUUUUACCCAAUGAAGUUCCGUACAACUUAAAAGUAGAAAUGGAAUAUUAUGAAGUUUCUAGGGAAGGAAAUAUACACAUUGUUGUAUUAAUUCAUUGCAAUACACCAAGAAUAGAGAAGCUGGUGAUGGGAAAAAGAGGCAGUCGUAUCAGGAACAUUGCUAUGAAAUCUGAACAACACCUCAGGAAUCUGUUUUUAACUGAUGUUUUCCUCAAAAUGGUCGUCACAGAUAAACCAAAAUAUUCUGCACAACACAUGGCAGAUACUUUAAGCCAGUAACCGGACAUAUGCAAUCACAACUAUUACAUCUGUUAAAGGCUUUUUUUAUGUUCUUAUUACAAUGUUGUUAAUUUUUUUGUUUCAAUACAAAAUUUAUGAAAAAAUUAUUUUAAUAAUAAAAAUAAUAUUAUUAUAAAAUUA